AGGAGGAGGAAGAGGAGGGCUGAUGUGAGCUGAUCAGCGGCAGGUCUGAUGAUGAUGAUGGUGAUGAUGGUGAUGGUGAUGAUGAUGAUGAUGAUGAUGAUGAUGAUGGUGGUGGUGAUGAUGGUGUGAGUCAGACUUCGGAGGGUUCAGGAUGCUCACAGCCGCUCCGAAGUAGACAAACCCCGCAGACAAACACACGCAGACCGAGAGGAUCCGCGGAGACACGCCUACAGGUCAUUGAUCCACAGCAGCAGGUGGACUCCAGCUCCUAGAAUGCCUGAGCAAAGUAACGACUACCGGGUGGUGGUGUUCGGAGCCGGCGGCGUGGGGAAGAGCUCGCUGGUGCUUCGGUUUGUGAAAGGCACCUUCAGAGACACCUACAUCCCCACUGUGGAGGACACCUACAGACAGGUGAUUAGCUGUGAUAAAAGCGUCUGCACGCUGCAGAUCACCGACACAACAGGAAGCCACCAGUUUCCAGCCAUGCAGCGCCUCUCCAUCUCCAAAGGUCACGCCUUCAUCCUGGUCUACUCCAUCACCAGCCGCCAGUCGCUGGAAGAGCUCAAACCCAUCUACCAACAGGUUCUGGCCAUCAAAGGCACCGUGGAGUCCAUUCCCAUCAUGCUCGUUGGCAACAAGAGCGACGAAAUGGCCCAGCGUGAGGUGGAGACGAAGGAGGGUGAGGCUCAGGCCACCUCCUGGAAGUGUGCCUUCAUGGAGACGUCGGCCAAGACGAACUCCAACGUGAAGGAGCUGUUCCAGGAGCUGCUGUCCCUGGAGAAGAAGAGGGACAUGAGUCUGAGCAUCGACGGGAAGCGUUCAGGAAAAAAUAAAAGAGCCGACAAGCUGAAGGGGAAGUGCAGCAUCAUGUAGAGCGAUGGCGGCUGCACAGGACUCGCCGUAGAGGAGACACCAGAGGAAGCAGCACUUCUCCUCCUUCUUUGGUGACUGUAAUCCAUCUGCGUGAACGCUGGAGCCCAGACGAACAAAAGAACAACUGGAAUAUUUAUAGCAGGGCCUCAGGAGGCUCCUGGCCUGAAAUGGAAUGUGUUUGUAAUGCGAAAAUGUUCAUAAAAAACAUUUUACACACUCAGCUAACCGCUGCCACCAUUCACACUCACUCUGACAUUUUAAUAAAGGAAUACUUCACUGAUUUUAUUGUGAAUUAUGGACCAAAAAUCAGUCAAAUUACAGUCCAGCUCUGGUUUUGCCGCUUGUUCAUUAAUUCAUUAAAAUCCUGCAGAUAAAAAGCAGUGAAGUAUUUCUUUAUCUGCUGAGACUAACGGCAUCAUGAUUCCUCAGUUGUUGUGGCUGAUAGACGGGAUGUUCUCAGCACUGUCAUUAGACCAACGCCUACAUAUGUACUAACUGCAUUUAACCUCCACUUGAACAUGCUCUGAAGACCUGAUGAACUGCAGUGGAAACAGCAGACUCUCACGUUUACAUAGCAGGAAACUUUAACAAGCAAAGUUUUCAUGGAUACUGGAUAAAUGAUCUGUUUGCAUCAACAGACAGCUCCGAGGAAGCAUGCAUCUGUGAGAAAUGUACAUAUGGUUUAAAGGAACAGUCCAGUAUGUUGGAAUAUGCUGUCAGCUGUAGAUAGUUUCAUCUGUGUGUCCACUGCAAAGGUAGAUCCAGUCUAGCUUGGCACAAAGACCGGAAACACCAGUGAACUCUCAGCCUAGCUCCCAGCUUUGGCUGUAAUAAAUCAGGAAUUUUUGAGGGUACUUUUAUUAAUUACUUUCUAAUUUAUCUUAUUUGUUGCUUAUAAGUUGCUAUAUCUCUCGCAGUUGCAAUUUAACAACUUGUUAACAUGAAUCCACACAUUAGGACGCACAGAGAAUUAAGUUCUUAAUCUUGCUCUUAUUGCUAAAAAAUCAUUGAUUGUUAGGUCAGUGCUUCAGCAUGAUUGGAAUGAGUCUUUCAUUGCUUUCGAUGGAACAAAGCAACAAAACUGGUUAGCAGAGGUGAUAAAUUCUCCUCUAAUGUGUUCUUGGUCAAGUGGAGACACCUUGACGUUUAAAAAAGCUCCAAUCAAAGGAAAUUCCAAAUUUAACUACAAAGGACAUUUAUGAACAACAGUGAAAAACACACUGACUAGAAGAGGACGAAUCUAAAUUAGGCAAGAAAAUAUUGUAUAAAGGUGGGUGGGUGGGGGAAUCAAUUGGUUGCUUGAUUUGUAAAAUGUCAGAAAAUGGUGAAAAAAGACAAUUAGUGUUUCCUAAAGCCCAAGAUGACAUCCACAAAAUGAAACAUCACAAUUUUAGUCUAGUCUCACACUUGGUUAAUUUCCCCACAAAUCUCUGUAUUUUACACUUUCUGGCAGAUAAAUCAAACCAAAGCAGGUUAUUGAGCUUACUGGGUCCCCUGACAUGUUAGUUCCCGUGUGUCAGGUGUGUAUUAACAUCGUGAUGUUAACCCUCCUGUUGUCCUCAUUUAUGGGCACCAAAAAAUAUUGUUCCUUGUCUGAAAAAAUCCAAAAAUUCAGCAAAAAAAUUCCCUAAAUUUCUGAAAAGUUGCAAAACCUUCAGGAAGAAAAUUCCAAUAAUUCCUUAAAAAUUUCCCUCAAAAGUUUUAUUUUGAAAAAAAAAUCCCCCGAAUUUGGCAAGAAAAUUCUUGUAAAUAUUUUCAACAAAUGAGUAAAAAUCUUAAAAAAAAUCCUAAAAAUAUCUAAAGUGAUUACAUAUAUAUCAGUAAAACUUGUAAUAUUUUCUUUAAGAACAUUUUUAACAUUUCUUUUUUUCCACCAAAAAAUGUUCAAAGAUUUCCCAAAAAUGUUGAAGAUGUGGACAUCAGAAGUUUCACUGUGAAAAUAUAUAUUUUUCCCACAUUUUCAAACUUUAAAACGGGUCAAUUUUGACCCGCAGGACGACAGGAGGGUUAAAGUCUCCACUCCUGAACGAUCCCACAGAAAGAAAUUCUGUGUGAAUGGAGCUAAUAAAUUUCUAUUCUCAGAUGAAACUCUGCAUGCAAUAAGCAAUGACAGCUGUUUGUGUGUUUACAUUUUGUUAGACUUCCAAAUUUUCCUGACACAAUAGAAACAUCACUGAGAAAUACAGCCGAUGGAAAAGCACUAAAACCUUCCUUGUUUUGUGCUAAGCCGAGCUACAGACUUUGUGGACUUUUCUCUGCACUGAUAUUCAUCUUGUCAUCACAACAAGCUGACUUCUACAUGUUGGACUGUUCCUUUAACUAACAGGAAGCUGCUUGAACGUUGCUGUUCAUCUGAAAUGCCUUUCCUACAUUCUACUUGACAGUUUUGUAAAUGAUCUGAUUGUAAGUGAGCUUAAAACUUUAAAAAGCACAAACACAUGUUAAUCCUUCUCAGAUGGGCUCGUGUUGUUUACAUGUCAGUGUGUCCACGCUGAUCACACGUGUGUGUUGCACUUUUGAAAGAAGCGGUGUUUUAUUUUACUGUAAAAAAGCUCUUUAUUAUUUUUUUCUUUCUGUUAGCAUCACUCUGGCUUCAGCAAUAUUAAAAAUGGCUGCUCUUUGUAUGCAGAAACUGUCUCAGAAA